GAAGGUGUAACACUGAAAGAAGUCCCCCCUCUGAGGAGUUAUGUAGCUGUUAUGCAGUCGAUUGUCUAAUUCAGGUUCAGAUUCGUUCUCUGAUGUUUUGAUCUAGGAUGGCUUCUUUAAAAGCAGCGUUGGUUUAUUCCACCAGGCUGAUUACGACACUUAAGAAACAGACUCAUGUCAUUUACAUCAAGAGGACUCUUCUUCUGCCAAGACUGACGGUAUUCAAACGUGCAGACGGCAGGUUUGUUCCCUUCGUACGACAGUCCAGUUCCACAGCAGCCGGAGCAGAAAAAGGAGAAGACUCCUUCCUUAAAUGGUUCCUGCUGCUCAUUCCAGCCACUACCUUUGGCCUGGGUACAUGGCAGGUGAAACGGCGCGAGAGGAAAAUGCAGCUGAUUAAUGAUCUUGUAAAACUCACAACAGCAGAACCCAUUCCUCUUCCUAUUGACCCCCAUGAGAUGAACAGCUUAGAGUACAGGAGGGUGCGAGUGCGAGGCAGAUACGACCACUCACAGGAGCUGUACGUCCUGCCCCGCUCUCCUGUGGAUCCAGAGAAAGAGGCCAGAGAGGCAGGCACGUUGUCUUCAAGCGGAGAGACCGGCGCCAAUGUCAUCACUCCAUUCUACUGUUCCGACCUCGGCAUCUCGAUCCUGGUGAACAGAGGAUACGUGCCAAGGAAGAAGAUAAACCCGGAGACCAGGAUGAAGGGGCAGAUGGAGGGUGAGAUGGAGGUGGUCGGGGUAGUCAGGCUGACAGAGCAACGCAAGCCUUUUGUACCGAACAACGAUGUGGAGAGAAACCGCUGGCAUUUCCGAGACCUGGAGGCCAUGUCUGCUGUCACCGGAGCUGAGCCCAUCUUCAUUGAUGCAGACUUUAGGAGCACCAUUCCUGGUGGACCAAUCGGCGGACAGACCAGAGUCACACUGAGGAAUGAGCACAUGCAGUAUAUAAUGACAUGGUAUGGCUUGUGUGCAGCUACCUCCUACAUGUGGUUUGCAAAGUUUGUGAAGAAGGUGGUCUGAUGUGGAAUAUUAGAAAGCAAUUUCCUGAUCUGUACUGAGCUCCAGUCUGCUGCUUUCAUUCAAACAUGUAAAUAGCUGUGGAUUUAUUCUCAAGAGAGAUGUAUACCAAAUAAAUUAAUACCAAUAUUU